AUGCAAUCUUCACACUCUGCUCCGUCGGGGGAAGUCGUUCCUCCUGCUCCUGGAGGCCCGCCACAGACGAGCCCCAAGCGAGCCCGAGAGGUGCUGGAGAAUGCAGGGGAAGCCGAGCGAGGGAACACUCCCUUGACCCUCGCCCUGCUACAAGAGGCCCUGCAAGUCAACCAGCAGCAGAUCACCGACAGCAUCCAAGAAUCCAUUGCCGGCAUCGGACACCGAGUGGCUCAAGUGGAAGCCAACAUGGGGGAACAUGUCAAACGAACCACAGAGCUUUUGGAUGCCAUGACAGACAGGCGAUUGGAACUUCUCGAAGGCAAAUUUGCGACUGCCUCUUUCUCCACUACCAGUACGACGCGCACGGAUGGGGGGACUGAUGCCGCCCCGAGACCCGCCAUUGUUGUGGGGGGAUGGGACAACGACCAAAGCGGGGAAGAGACUCUUCGUCUUGUCAAACAACACCUGACCGACCUCCAAUGUGAUCUGGACCUCCAAGAUGCCUUUGUGCCCGGCAUCAGACGUGGAUUCGCCAUUGUGCCGAUCCAGGCUCGCCGACAAGAAGACGUUCCGGACUUUCGGCGUCGAGUGCGAGAAGCCCUCCAACGAGUCCGCGAAGCCAAGAUCAUUACGGGGGAGAAACCCCAGGGAGGGGAACGACAUCUGUGGGCAGCAAUGAGUGAAAGCCCGGAACGGCGACGCCGAGCUCAAUUUGCUGGCAAAGUCAAGCGCCUUGUGCUGGAGGAGGCGGGGGACAAAAGCCUGCUUGAGGUUGAGUUUGGGACCGGAAAUGUUUGGUAUGGAAGGGUCCGCAUCGCAUCUGCAGUGCUUACUGCUCCAGAAGAAGCAGACAAGGCCGGGGUCGGUUGGAUUUCAUUGCCAACCCUCGCAAGACAGAUGGGGACGUCGCUGAGCUCGUUGACUGCCAAGUGGGACGAGCUCAAACAGGUUUCUCACCCCCCGGAUUCGGACACCCACCGGGGGAGCAUGCAAUUUUUGACCUGGAAUGUUGGAGGGCUCACACCUGAAAGUGCCCUUCAGCUUCUCGGGGACCUUCGAAAAGAACGAAUUCACCCCUUUGCCGAGCCCUUCGUCGCCCUCCUCCAAGAGGUGAUUGUCGAUGAGGGCAAGCUGAACUACGAGAAAGGCAACUUGCAGAUGAUCGCAGGCAAGCAGAAAAACGAGUGGCGAGGGACAGCGAUUGUCCACACGGACGACUUCCAACACAGUCGAACGAAGCUGUUGCUAGCAGGUACUUGCUGUACCCUCCAAUGCGGGGACCUACGCCUAGUUGUUGUUUCGGGGCACAUGCCACACCAUGCAACAAUCCCAGAAGCAGCGGAGAUCUUCCACACAUGGGACAAGCAGCUCAGCAAAGAAGCCAAGGGUGUGCUGGGCAUGGACGCCAACGAGACGUUCUGUGCUAGAUGGGGGACGUCUAUCAUCUCCGACUCUGGGCGGGGUGAGAUGAUGCUCGAGUCCCUGGAGGCAUUGAGUAUGAAGUUCCCCGAGCAAGACAUUUCGGCGCCUUCCUAUUUCCCCUACAACCAGUUGAUGCACCCCAGGCGAUUGGACUACAUCUGCACCCGCCGCCUCCUAGCGGAAGAAGGCAAGGUUCUGUCCUUCCGUGACCUGGGCAGAAGUGACCACGAACCGAUCCUGGUGCCGAUCCUCGCGAAGAUCCCUGCGCCACCGCAGGGGACACCCAAAACCUGGGGGACACGCAGAUUGAAGGGGCCACCGUGUUAG